ACGGUUGUACAUCAGGUCCUCCAGUGAGCAGAUGUAUGUAGGUUAUGAAUACUUCAGAUUCAUGUUAUUAAACAGGCUUCCUGUUAUCAUACUAAAAUUGACUCAGCCCUGUCCUGCUGAUUACUCUUGUCCCUGCUCCAUGCUCUUUAAAUUUUUUAUGUUCAUCUUCUGGAAUCAGCUGUGCAAUGGUCCUUAAAACAAGAAUUUUAAACUUUAAGAAGGUCUGUCCGUCUAUGUGUGCCCACUCUUCCUUGGGAGAUGUCCAAUGUUUCCAGUUAUGCCCUUCGAAUGGCCCGGCUGAGUGCUCAGAUAUUCGGAGAAGUUGUCAGGCCAACUGAUUCAAAAUCUAUGAAAGUAGUGAAGUUAUUCAGCGAGCAGCCUUUGGCCAAGCAGAAGGAGGUCUACAGCUGGUAUCCUCCUCACAACACCUACUACGCCCUCAUGAAGAAACUCCGUUACUUUGGUCUCUACAGGGAUGAGCAUCAGGACUUUAAGGAGGAGAUGAGGCGAUUGAAAAAGCUCCGCGGGAAGGAAAAACCAAAGAAGGGGGAAGGAAAGAGAGCUCUCAAGAAGAAAUAGUGCCACUUGGACAAUAUAACAAACUACUCUGGAAAUGCUGGAGAACAGCUGUAACCCAGGAUUUCUGUUCCCAGCUGGGGAGGGUUUGGCAUGUGUGCUGCGUGUGGGGCACAAGAAACACACUGUGAAAUACUGGAGUCCACCUUGGGAGUGCACUUGGGUCUUUGUGAUUGGUUUUUAAUUUCUGUUGUUUAAAUAUACUAUAUAUUGGAGCACAUUGGUUUGUCAGAGCCCUCUCUUACCCAAGUAGUAAAAACAAUAGUAAAGAAUAAGUGCUCAGUGUUUUUCUUGCAAACACCUGUAGCUGUUUCAGUUUUUCUGGAUCUGGAAAAUUGUUUGGUUUUCAUUGUCUGUUUUACUUUCUUGGAUUAAUAUCAACACUGCUUUGCAUGUAGUCACAAAAAAAUGAGGUUUCCUCUUUCUACUGCUGCUUGUCAUCUUGCCUGUUAAGAGUUUCACUUCAGGUAGCUUUAGUGUUUUGUGGGGUUUUUUAAGUUGCUGUUAGAAUCUAUUGUUCUGCAUUUUGCACUGGACAAUACUUCAUGGUCCAUUGCCUGCCCACAGCACUCUCAUUGUACCCUGAAUAUUUAGAUACUGCAACAGGAGAGGCUGAAAUAUGAAGGCUCAAACUGUUUCCAGUUUGAGACCCCCUACUUAUUAAAAUACAACAUUUAAGUUUACUGUAAUAAAAGGAUUUUGAAUUUAUUUUGAUUGCCUGGAGGACAUGAAUGAAGUACUUCAUAAGGUGAUGAACAGUUUUACGGGUAUUCAUAUGUGGUUUUAUCGCUAGGCUCCUUCAUGGUUGCUAAUAUUAAUGAUUGCAUACAUCUACCGUUCUCGCCUGUCAGUCCCUGUCGGGGAACAGAAAGUAGAGAAUGCAGCUGUGCUGCUCUGCCUGGCCACAUGCGCAUCUUGCCUGUGUGUGCCCUGAAAUGGCAUCUUUUAAUUUCCAGACCACGUAAGCUUAGAGGAACAUCCUUGAGGUAGUAAAGGAGAGCUAUUAAAAAUGUAGAGUGACUGGAGCAGAAAAUAUUUGCAGUUAGCUUGGGGUAUGCUUGAUUUUGCGUACAGAGGCAUUCUGAAGUAGGGAGCAGAACUAACCUACUGACAUUUCUAAAUCAAGCUUGUUCAAAUUUAAAUGUAUUUGAAGGGAUCUGUCUGAUCAUUGAAAUCAGCGGAUCUACAUAACCUUGUAACAGCUCAACAACUGUACUUCACCAAGGUUAUUAAUUGAAGAGGUGCUGAUUGUAUUAAAGGUGUUUGUGGUGAGCUGUGUAGUUCUCGUUCAGUAUCCUUACUGUUACCUGGUUUUCUAAGCUCUUAAGAGAAGCUGAAUUUAGGAGCCACGCGGUGUUGCGGAGGAAACGCCUGAGGUCUUACCACAGUCAACAAAAUGCUGUAGAAGUUAGUAAAAUAUAUAUCUGCUCUGUACUGUAGUGGAAAGUUUCUCUCGUAUUCUAAUUUAAAAUCCUUUUAGUAACUUACAACUUUUGCUCAACUCUAAUGUGCCUAUGGCAUCUUAGUGUUCUAUGGGUUGUGACUUGUCUGGUACUGAAGUAUACAGAGCCUGUGAUGGGCCCUCUGGGAAGUACUUGGUUCCUGGGGCAUGUGUGGGCAGCCGAGGGGAAGCGGUCUGGUUCCCUUGAAUUCCUCUUCAGGAAGAAGAGCGGCAUGGAGCCACGUACUAGGUAGGAGAGGGAAUUGCCCGAGGAGGAAGGUUGCUGCUGCCUGACUGUUUCUGGCUGUGGCUGAGAGGUGAAGUUGCUCCAUUGCUUACUUUGGUGGAGACAAAGACCAGUUCUGAACUUCUUCAGAAUUACUGUGGUGGCUUUGGACAGCUGGUGAUUGUACUUACAACAGCUUUGUCGGCAAGAACUUGAUGUCUUCUAAAAUUAAACCAAAGAUCAAUAAAAAUGUUUUCCCUGCAAUUUA